CUAUUUCCCUUUUUCUCUAACUUUUUGAAAAAGCUCGUACAUAAUCUUGCGUUGCACCCCAAAGGAUCGGUCAGAACCGUCCUGAGCUCUUUGAAAUCUGAUCCCAGACAGAGCAGAGCACACUGAGCUCAGACCACUGUCACGCUAUCAGCACUUCGGCAAAACGUUAUUUUCCUUUGUUGAAAUACAUGUCUUAACCAAUAUGCCUGUAUUGCUAUGUAGGCCGAUAUAGCAAAUUCCUAAAAUGGUGAAAUUAAAUAUUAUUCCUCAAACGACAUAUACAUGAAGGAAUAGGUUUAACAGGUAUCAAGUUCUACUGUUUGGAGUUGUAAUUAUUAGUUGCUAAACCCAUACCCAAUAUGCAUGUAUUUUUGUAGGCAGAUUAGAUACAAACACAGAAAUCCUAAAACAAUUAUACAAAAUCGUACAUAUUCUCGUUCAAUAUGUCCCAGUCUCGGUACCUCUGUGCAGACCACAGCAACGUUAAAACAAAAAAGGACUUGAACCCUGGUCUCCAGAGUUGGUAAUCAAUAGCUGUUCACACACUGAGCUGUGUUCAUAGAAAUUAUGAGACGAGGGGGAGGCAAAAAGCACCAGCAAAACAUCCAACAGGAUGUGAUCGGAGGUUGUACCUGACUACAUUCCUUCCUUCCCACGUCUCCCCUAAUUGUAGGAAUCCAUACUUUUCAAUAUUUUUUAAACAUCAAACAUGUUUUCGGUCAAAGGCAUGUGGCUUUCGGGGAUAACCGGUACAAAUUCUAAACCUAUGGAUGUGGGUAAAGUCAUAUCUUCAGCGAACCCCGAAUGGGCCCCAAACAAAUGUGCUGCUUAAAUCUCCCUCCAAGGUUUUCUGAAAACCUGGCAGCCCUGCUUGUGGGUGACGUGUCCAGGCAGUAUUUCGCCAAAAACUUGGAACAAAAGAACACUUCAGUAUUAAGUUUAGAAGCAUGUUAUCAUAGCUUCAACUUGUUAGUGGUUUAUUUGAAGUAACCCCUGCUUGGGCCUCAAUUUAACUGGAUGUCCUCAAAAAAUUGAUUGUAGGAUUGUCCUUUUGGUAACAUAAUUGGAAGGAUUUGGGGUCAGUCGGUGCACAAUUAUAUUGGCCAUAAUCACCAGCUGCACAAAUUGCUUGCGUGCAGUUGAUAAUAUUGCUUGCAUACAGUUCUGCCAACUAGGCCUGCUGCUCUAUACGCCCCUUACAUACUUUAUGGAUCCCUUCAUACUAAGAUUUAUUGAUGUGCAUCAUGAAAAGUUUGAAAAUGUGCUUACAGUCACGUUCAACGGACAAUCUUUUAGGCUGCAGAAGAGCCGAGGUGAUUCCGAUUCAAGUUGACGAUCGAGCCAUCUAUUUGUCACUUGAUGUUGCGCCAUGUUAUAGUUUGAUGGAAGAAACGUUUGUGCAAUGGGAGAUCCUUUCAUGGAAAAAGUUGAUAUUUAUUUGCUACAUCAGGCAGAAACUGAUGUAAAUCUUUAUGUUGGCACCGCUCCAGACUGGACAUGAUGGCCGGUUUCCGGGAUUUACUGAUGCUUUGUGAUGAUUUGGUUAAGCCUUUAAUCCCUCUUUAUCAGAAAUAUUCACUCGUCUCACCCCGAACAUUUCCCGAGAGAGAGCAACCUUCUCUUCUCGUCGGAAUCAACUAUUUAUCUGGAACAAAACAUCAACCUAUAUUCUACUUGAACACAGUUCAGCGAUGGUUUGCUGUCAUUUUUUCUACCAGCCCUGAACAUAGUAUUUUCGUUAAAAAAAACAAAAACAUUCGGCAUAAACGCGAUGUUGUGUGCAGCGGUUAAGCUACUGCCCCUGCUUUUCAUCUCCAUCUUGGGCUCCACAUCGUGUCCUGAUCGCUGCCGCUGCUUCCACUCCUCUGAUCUGGUUGACUGCCAGUCAAGAGAGCUGACCCGCAUCGCCCAGGAUGUCCCAGAGGGGACGUGGCUGCUGGACUUCAGCAGAAACCGGCUGACGGAGGUACAGAGCAACGCUUUCAUCGGACUGUGGUCACUCAGAAUCCUCCUGCUGUCCAACAACAGCAUCGAAGCAUUGGAACCCCAGUCUCUAUCAUCCCUGCAAUUUCUGGAGAUCCUGGACCUGAGUUUCAACCGACUGCAACAGCUCCCCGGGGACUUCUCCCAGAGCCUGGGCUCCCUCCUGGAGCUGCGUCUGCGCCACAACCUCCUGCAGCACCUGUCCCCCCCAGCCAUGGACAAGCUCGAGAACCUCAGGAAGCUGGACCUCAGCCACAACGCCCUCCGGACCAUGGAUGCCGGGCUGUUGAACGCCCUGGGCCACCUCCGGUACCUCAACCUGGAGGGGAACAAGCUGGACACCCUGGAGGACCACCUGCUCACCCGGCAGCAGAGGCUGGAGGUGCUGCACCUCGGCCACAACAACAUCUCCCUGAUCGAGAGCGAGGCGCUGGCCCCGCUGCGCAGCCUCAACCUACUGGGGCUGAGGGGCAACCGGCUGGAGCACGUCCACUUCAGAGUGUUCCUGGGGCUGCGCGCCUCCUCCUCCACCUACCUCCAGCUGGCCCUCAACCCCUGGACGUGCGACUGCGAGUUGCACCGCGUCUUCAGCAAGAUCCAGCACGUACGCUAUCUGAAGGUGGAGGACUACAAGGAGAUCGUGUGUGAGGGCCCGGGCCCGUUAGCAGGGGCCUCCCUGGCCCUCAUGGACAGCCAGCUGUGCGUGGCCGAGACGUCCGCGGUCCUGGUCAUCACCAUCACCGUGGUGAUGGCUGUCAUCUGCGCCCUGGUCAAGGCCAAGCGCAACAGCAGUAGCAAGCAGUCUGUGAGUGACAGUGAUGCACAGGCACUGGAGAAGUGAAGUGCGUCUUGGAGGAGGUGGGAAGGGACUGCAGAGAGGGGGACUGAUUGUUUGUCAGGGGGUCAGAUGAUGGGAUAUAUUCACCUAGCAACCAUCUGGGUUCUAAACGGUAACUGAAUGUGGAAUUAUGCGUUCAGUUCCCCUACCCAGCGAGUGUUUAGUACCCGCAAGGUGAUUAGGGUCCAUGGUGUGGCUGGGAUUUGAUUUUUUGGGGGAUCUGAGCUCGGUUAUUGAGAAAAUGUUUUCAUAAUUAAGCAUUUGUUGCAUAUGAACAAUUUCAAUUAAUAUAACAUUAAUCUCUUUCUCCUUUAACCAAAUAAUCCACGUUAUGUUAGGGCUGCACGAUUAUUGCAAAAAUUAUUAUCACGAUUAUUUUGAUCAAUAUUGAUAUCAC